CGCUCCAGAGGCAGCCGCUGAGAUCAACUCAUUCUACUCUUGGCCCUGGACGGACAGAGACAGAACAGGGAGACCCUCUACCCACAGGCACGGCUGGUGCUUCCCAGGAAGAAGCAGAGUCUCACAAUGCUGGCCACUGUUUUAGGUACCUACAUGGGCCUGUUGGUGGCAGCAGCAGUGGCAGCCCGUGACCCUACCCAACCAGACACCCUCAGCACCCACAGGCGCCAGAAGAGAGACUGGAUUUGGAACCAGAUGCACAUUGAUGAAGAGAAAAACGACCCUUUACCCUACUAUGUGGGCAAGCUCAAGUCAAGUGUGAACCGCAAGAACGCCAAGUACGUGCUCAAAGGAGAGUCUGCUAACAGCAUUUUCCAGGUCAAUGCAGACACAGGGGAUGUGUAUGCUUUUGCGAGGCUCGACCGGGAGAAGGUCUCUGAGUACUCUCUCGUUGCCCUCAUCGUGGACAAAGACACUAACAAAAACCUGGAGCCUCCUUCCAACUUCACAAUCAAAGUUCAUGACAUAAAUGACAACUGGCCUGUGUUCACGCAUCGGUUGUUCAAUGCCUCGGUGCUUGAGAUGUCACCUGGGGGGACCUCAGUCACGCGUUUGACCGCAAUGGAUGCAGAUGACCCCACCGUGGCAGACCAUGCCACUGUCAUGUACCAAAUCCUGAAGGGGGGCGAGAAUUUUGCCAUCGACAAUUCAGGAUUAAUUUCCACUACAAAGCAAAACUUGGAUCGAGAGGUACAGGCCAACUAUGAGAUCGUGGUGGAAGCACGAGAUGCCGAGGGCCUCAAAGGAGAAUCGGGCACAGCCACCGUGCUGAUCACUCUGCAAGAUGUCAAUGACAACUUCCCCAUCUUUGCUCAGCCAGCCAUGUACACAUUUGUGGUGCCUGAAGACAUCCGCGUGGGCAGCUCUGUGGGUUCUCUUUUCGUUGAGGACCCGGAUGAGCCUCAGAACCGGAAGACCAAGUUUGACAUCGUGCAGGGCGAGUACAGGGACACCUUCACUAUCGAGACGGACCCUACCCGCAAUGAAGGCAUCAUCAAGCCCAUGAAGCCCCUGGACUAUGAGCUCAUCCAAAAAUACUCAUUCAUUGUCGAGGCCACAGACCCUACUAUCAACCUCGGCUACCUGAAAGGCAUCUCAGGCAAAAACAAAGCCCGUGUUGUCAUCAACAUCUUGGAUGUGGAUGAGCCUCCUGUCUUCCAGAAGCACUUCUAUCACUUUCUGUUGAAGGAGAACCAGAAGAAAAAUCUAAUCGGUUCAGUGCUGGCCAAGGACCCUGACAAGGCAGGGCGUAAAAUUGGAUACUCCAUCCGCAAGACUAGUGACAAGGGCCAAUUCUUCCGAAUAACCAAACAGGGUGACAUUCACAAUGAGAAAGAGCUGGACAGAGAAAUCUACCCCUGGUACAACCUGACUGUGGAGGCCAAUGAACUAGACCUUCAUGGGAACCCCACAGGCAAAGAAUCCAUUGUGCAAGUGCACAUUGAAGUUUUGGAUGAGAAUGACAAUGCCCCAGAAUUUGCUCAACCCUAUGAGCCCAAAGUGUGCGAGAAUGCAGCCCAUGGCAAGCUGGUUGUACAGAUCUCCGCAGUAGACAAGGACAUAACACCACAAAACGUCAAGUUCAAGUUUGCCCUGGGCACUGAUGACAGCAACUUCACCCUCAUAGACAAUCACGAUAACACAGCCAAUAUCACAGUCAAGUAUGGGCCGUUUGACCGGGAGCAUGCCAAGUUCCACUACCUGCCUGUGCUCAUCGCAGACAACGGGUCCCCAAGCCUGACGGGCACCAGCACACUGACUGUGGUCGUGUGCAAGUGCAAUCAGCAGGGCACGUUCACCUUCUGUGAGGAGGCGGUCGCCCAGGCGGGCGUCAGCAUCCAGGCGCUGGUGGCCAUCUUCCUCUGCAUCCUCACCAUCACAGUGAUCACCCUGCUCUUCUUCCUGCGGAGGCGGCUCCGGAAGCAGGCCCGCGCCCACGGCAAGGGCGUGACCGAGAUCCACGAGCAGCUGGUCACCUACGACGAGGAGGGUGGCGGCGAGAUGGAUACCACCUGCUACGACGUGUCGGUGCUCACCUCUGCGCGGUCCGGCGCGGCCAAGCCCCCACGGUCCGUGUUGGACACCCGGCCGCCCAUCUACGCCACGGCGCAGAAGCCACCGCGGAUGGCACAAGGGAUGCACAGUGGACCCGGGGAGAUGGCCGCAAUGAUCGAGGUGAAAAAGGACGAGGCAGACCACGAUGGCAGCGGCCCGCCCUAUGAUACCCUGCACAUCUAUGACUAUGAGGGUUCUGAGUCCAUCGCAGAGUCGCUCAGCUCCCUGGGCACUGAUUCGACCGACUCAGACAUCGAUUACGACUUCCUCAACGACUGGGGGCCCAGGUUCAAGAUGCUGGCCGAGAUGUAUGGCUCCAACCCCUGGGAGGAGCUGAUAUACUAGGGAUCAGGGAGUUCUGGGCCUGGGAACUCAAACCCAGACAGCCCAGGUCAGUCCAACAGCAGGCCUCAAAAGCCUUCCAGAGUGGCACUGAUUCCCCAGCCCAGCACCCCUUCUUUGUGGGUGCCAAAGACCUCACCAUGCCCAGGAUGGUGGGCUCCAGAC